AUGCGGCAAUUUAAAGCUGAGAGAAAACUGCGCAGGCUGUGGGUCCCCAUCCUCCUGCUGCUCCAAACCUGGGUCAGGCUCGUCCACGCAGAGGUGUCUGACAGAUCAUGUGCAUUCAAUGUAUCUCAACAAGAUUCAGGCCUGGACUACAUCUCCCUCUCACUCAACACCACUGGACCAGACUGCUCCUUCUCAAUCUCAUCUCCAGAGGCAGAAACCAAUGCUGUUGAGUGCAAGACUGCGGAGGGAAAUCAGAUAAGAAACAAAGUGGAAAGAAACAAUGACGAUGAAACGUUAACACGAGAUUAUCUGACGACUAAUGAACUGGGGGAAAACAAUGCACUGGACACUGGUGGAGCAGUUUUUAUCUGUCGCUUGGACCACCUGGAGCCCGGCUCUGUCUACCAUCUGCAAAUCCACACACCGGGACACGUAAACAACUUCACCAUCCACACCAGCCCCUCCGCGGUCCGCGCCCUGACUGUGGCCUCCACAUCCACCCAGAGCCUCGGCCUCUCGUGGCAGGCGGGACCCGGCCGAACACAGCGCUUCCGGCUGCAGCUCUGGGACCUUCUCCACCCCUCACACCUGCCAGAACUGAUAAGAAAUGAAACACUGGAGAGCACUGCGACGCAGCUUGUCGUUCAAAAUUUGCUGCCAGGACAUGUGUACAAAAUAACAAUGGUGACAGAGUGUGGAGGGCUGCAGAACAGCACGUCAGUAUCAGCACAAACAGUUCCUGCUGCAGUUUCCAACAUCACACUUACAUACAGAAACAGCACAAGUCUGUGUCUGUCCUGGCAACAGCCUGAAGGCCAUGUGGAUGCUUUAGCCAUCAGCGUCUUCAUGAAUGAGACCAGAGUUUGGGAGGCGGUCCUUCCCUCUAAUGCCACUCAGGUGAACAUCAAGGCUCUCAGCCCAGGCUCUGCUCAUAGGAUUACAGUGACAUCAUCAAGCCAGGGACUCUCAAACCAAUCACAAAUUACAUACAGAACAGCCCCAGAAAGAGUAUCUGAUUUAAGCCUGAGUCCAUCCAUCGAUGGAAGCCUCAUGUUGUCCUGGACUGCCCCGCCCGGCUCCUGGGAUGGCUACACGCUCUUCCUGUUUGAUGGAACCCAACAGCUACUCCACACACCUGUGGCUCAGGAAGCUGUAAAUUUCACCAUUCCUGGGGCCAGCAUUACUCCAGGAAGGGUUUACAGGGGCAGUGUGAGGGUCGAGAGUGGAGGCCUUUAUGCUGAAAGAGUCUUUGAGGGAUCCACAGCUCCUGCUCCAGUGUUGGACCUGCACAUUCGUCAUGCGGAUGAGACGUCUCUAAGUGCCAUGUGGAACCAUCCAAAUGGAUCUCGAGACAACUACUUUCUGAUUAUUCGCCAGGGUAAUGACACUGUGGAUACCCGUGAAGUGCAGGCCAACAUGAGAGAGUGCACCUUCAACGUGCUGACCCCCGGGAGGCGCUACACCAUCACUGUGAUGUCCAGGAGCAGGACGCAGAACAGCUCUGUGUCUGUGGAAGGCCAGACGGUUCCUUUGCCGCUGAAGACGAUGAGCUUGAGCAGCGCAGGAGUGGACAGCCUUCAGGUGCUAUGGGACAAACCAGGAGGAGAUGUUGAUACUUAUAUAUUUACCUUGUUUCAACACAGUGAUAUUGUGAAGAACUACAGCGUUCCAGAGGGAUCCUUGUCUUUGUUGGUGCCUGACCUGACACCAGGCACUCUCUACAGACUGCAGGCCUCCACCGUCAGCGGAGGAGCACAGUCCAGAUCCACCAGCCUGGAGGGACGCACAGUGCCAGCAUCAGUUCUGGAGAUUACCUGUUCCAAUGGCGGCAGGUCAGAUGCGCUGCAGGUGUCAUGGCGACCGGCGGCAGGGGCUGUGGACGGUUACAUGGUGCGUCUUCAGGAUGGCAGCCGAAGCGUUCACUUUGUGGCCGUUUCCCGCUCCACCUCCGAGUGCUCCUUCAGUUCGCUGGUGGCCGGGCGCCUCUACUCUGUUGUCAUAGUGACAAGAAGCGGCAGUUUGGAGAAUGCGACCACUGCGCAGGCUCGCACCCAACCAGCCGCUGUAAAAAACCCAACAGCUGUUCACUCGGCUCGUGACGACUUCCUUAAGGUUUACUGGCGUCAUGCUGCUGGAGAUCUGGAUUAUUACAUGGUGAAAAUCCAGUACAACAACAGUGUGUUACAAAACAAGAGCGUUUCCGCAGGACGCAGCGAGUGCGUGUUCUCAUCGCUGAAGCCUGGACGCCUAUACACCGUCACCGUGGAAACCUGGAGUGGAGACUAUGUCAGCACUGCCUCCACCGAUGGACGCACCUUUCCAGCUGCAGUGGGGGAUCUGUCUGUGGUCAGUGCAGGGAUGGCAGAUCUGACUGUGAGCUGGAGCCCGGCUCCUGGAGACGUGGACCACUAUGAGGUCACAUUACUGUUUAACGACUCUCAAGUCUUUCCUCCGGCCACAUUGAGCAGUAACACUCAAAGUCAUCGACUGAUAUCUCUGACCUCUGGCCGACUGUAUAAAAUAGUGGUUUCCACAUUCAGUGGGCCAUACCAAAGACCGCAGUUUAUUGAGGGACGAACAGUUCCUAGUACAGUUGGGAACCUACACUUGAUACCAGCAUUCCAAAAGGCUUUUGGAGGCCUGAUCGCCUCUUGGACACCUGCAGCUGGAGACAUAGACUUGUACAUAGUCUCUCUUUCCACUGAGAGUGAAUUUAUUGAGAGACGCCCUGUACCAAAACAUGUGUCAUCUGUGGAGUUUGUGGACUUGACCCCAGGACAACUCUACACGGUCACUGUGCAGUCAGAGAGCGGGAAGCGGACCAGCAACUGCACUGCUCACGGAAGAGCCGCACCUGCCCAAGUGACCGCUCUUCAGGCAGAUAAUGCUCACACGACUCACAGCCUCACUGUCUCCUGGGAACGGCCUGUGGGAGUGUUUGACAGCUACAAGCUGCAGCUGCUCGACAAGGACCGUUCUGUCCUCAUCAAUCGCACUGUGUCCAUGGAGAGUCGUCAGGAACAACUGCAGAACCUGACAUCAGGAAAAUGGUUCAUAGUUAGACUUGUGACUUUGAGUGGUGGCAUCUCAUCACUUGAAACAACAUCUGAAGGGCAAACACGCCCUGCAGCUGUCAGUAACUUGGCAGUUUCCUCAGCCAACAUGACCUCCCUGUCUUUCUCCUGGCGUCCUUCAGACGGUCAUGUUGACAUGUAUGACCUGUCUCUUUAUCGUGUUCCUGAGAGCAACGAACGAGAGGGUGCAGAGGACAGAAGAGAGGACUCACAUGAGUUGGUGGAUCAGCAGAAAGUCAACCCCACGUCACAGAGUUGCUUGUUUUUGGGGCUCACUCCUGGAAGUCUGUACAGACUGCAGGUGCUGAGCUGGAGCAGAGGCAUGAGCAGCGACUCCUCCGUUCUGGCCAGAACAGUGCCGGCUCCUGUCUCAUCUCUGGAGGUGCAGAGUUCAGGCCAUACAGACCGGCUCACUGUCAGCUGGGAACAUGGGGUGGGAGACAGAAGUAGCUACCAGGUGGCUCUUUACGAUUCAAGUGGAGCCUCACUCAGUACUCAGACUUUUGGGGAAGACCAUAAAGAUCACACUUUCUCAGGAUUACGCUCUGGUCAUUUAUACCGAGCCGAAGUCGUCACACACAGUGGAGAACUCAUCAAUAGUGUGACUGCUCUUGGGCGAACGUCCCCAGAUCCUCCCACUUACAUUUCUGUCAAACAAGGGCCGACAAAUGACACCAUACUGUUAUCCUGGGCUGGCCCUGCUAAUGGGGACUACAAUAACUUUAGUCUGCAGUGGACCCCCCCAGACUCGCUGACGGUCACCCCAGUUCACAUGACAGAGGGAAUCGUGAGUGGGAUGUUUCCUGGAAGACUGUACAACUUCAGUUUGAUGACUGUCAGUGGGUGGAGAGACCAGUCCAUGACUACGAGCCAGCCAAUCCAGCGCAGCGUUCGUACAAGUCCAUCGCAGCCAAGAUCUCUGCACUGCUUCCCCCUGUCGUCCUCCUCUAUCUCCUGCUCUUGGGGGCCUCCGCUCUCCGACUUUGACUCGUAUGAGGUGGAGUGUCGGCGUCACGAAGACCAGGAGCUGACCUCUGCGUUACGGUUAGCAGCAGGUGUCAGCACAGUAACCUUGGAGCACUUGGACGCGUACAGAAAGUACUCUGUUACUGUGCGAGUGUCUUCAGCCGGGCAGAUGAGUCCAGCAUCGUCACACACCACCAUCACCAUGAUAGACCGGCCUCCUGUUCCUGCUCCUACUCUCCGUGUGAGCGAGAGAUCUUCAAAAGUCACAUCGUCGUCCAUUUUGUUUCGUUUCAACUGCUCCUGGUUUAGUGACGCCAAUGGAGCCAUUCGAUAUUUCACUGUCAUUGUGGCCGAAUCUGACGCCAAUGAGAUUCUGCAGCCAGAGCUGCUCCACCCAAUGCCUUCUUAUCGCGAUUACAUCAAUAACUCAUCGGUGCGUGCAUACCAGACCGCCUUCUUCCCCAGUCGUUGCUCGCAGGAUUCUGAGGCCUCUGCUGGACAGGUGGUCGAGGUGAACCUUGGGGCAGGAGGGGAUCGGCUGGGCGGAAGCUGUGACUUCUAUGGUGAUGAUGACUUCUUUAUAAGUGACGGCUAUGGCGACUUCUGCGAUGGUCCAUUGAAAGCUAAAACUUCAUAUAGGCUGAGCAUACGUGCUUUCACCAGACUGUUUGAUGAAAGCCACCGAGAGUUUCCACAGCCGCUGUUUACAGACUCUUACCUGUCUGCUCCUCUGAGGACUCAUGCUGAACCGCUUGGUGGAGUUGUGGAGGGCUUGAGUGCCAGCAUGUUUUUGAUCGGAGUCCUGGUGACGAUUGCGGCUCUUCUGAUGUACAGACAGCGACUGCAUAAAGUCAGGGCGGUGCAGGACAGCCCAGUGGUGCGGAUGAGUAUGUGGAAGGAGGUGCCCACAUCAGGGAUAUAUGUGGGGGUCCGGAGCAACCGCAGAGUCACCAGUCCAAUCAGUGGCUGCCAUUUUGAGUCGCACUUGAAUAAACUCCAGGCCGACUCUAACUAUCUGCUGUCAGAGGAGUUUGAGGAUCUGAAGGACGUGGGUCGAAACCAAACCAUGGACCUGUCUCGGCUGCCUGAGAACAGAGGAAAGAACCGCUACAACAACAUCCUGCCUUAUGAUUCAACCAGAGUGAAGUUGUCGUACUUGGAGGACGACCCCUGCUCAGACUACAUCAACGCCAGUUACAUGCCGGGUAACAACUACCGCAGGGAGUACAUCGCCACCCAGGGCCCCCUGCCCGGCACCAAGGACGACUUCUGGAGGAUGGUGUGGGAACAUGGUGUCUGCAACGUUGUCAUGGUGACGCAGUGUGUGGAGAAAGGACGGGUAAAGUGUGACCAGUACUGGCCGGCGGACAGGGAGCCGCUGUACUAUGGGGACCUGGUCAUUGAGAUGCUGUCUGAAUCUGUGCUGCCCGAGUGGACCAUCAGAGAGUUCAAGAUGUCCUCGGAGAGCAGCUGCACUUACCCUCGGUUGGUGAGGCACUUUCACUACACGGUUUGGCCAGAUCACGGAGUCCCAGAGAGCACCCAGUCACUCAUUCAGUUCGUCCGCACAGUGAGAGAUUAUGUGGACAGAGCUCCUAACACAGGACCCACUGUCGUUCACUGCAGCGCUGGUGUCGGCCGCACUGGGACUUUCAUGGCUCUGGAUCGAGUUCUGCAGCAGCUGGACUCCAAAGGCACCGUAGAUCUGUACGGAUGUGUGUUCGACCUGCGGCUUCACCGGCAACACAUGGUUCAGACGGAGUGUCAGUAUUCCUUCCUGCACCAGUGCGUGAGAGACGUCCUUCGAGCCCGGAAACACCGCAGUGAACAGGAGAACCCCCUGUACCCCAUUUAUGAAAACUACAACCCCGAAUUCGGCCGCGAUUUUAUCCACACGGGACUUCUACAAGAUUGA